CCACGAUAAGGGGUCAAUAUUCAAACACAAAGACUCAAGGAGCGGUGUAUAUUCAAACAUGAGUUUUCUUAUAAUCCAUAUUUUCUUUAUGUGCUUACUAGGAUCAUCAGCUGAUACCAAUUACGAAAAAUAUUUGGAGGCACGACUUUCUCAAACAGAAACUGAUGUAAAAGACCUACGAGCCGAUUUGAAUCUUCUUAAACUACAAAACGACGCUUUAUUAGAAGCUCUUGGAUCCCAGAAUACCAAAGAAAAGCGUCUGCUUCUUGGACCGACAACAGUUCACCAGCAGUACGUCACAUUCUACGUCAGACUUGGGAAACACUACACCACCCUAAACGAUCAGGAGACCAUUAUAUUUGACAGCAUCGUUACAAAUGCCGGACAGGGCUAUGACAAGUACACCGGAAUAUUCGUCUGUCCAAUCAGUGGUUUCUAUCAGUUUGCCGCCACAAUCGUAUCAGACGGCGGAACGGACAAAAAUUUGGACGCAGAGCUAAUGCACAACGGGAAACAAAUCGCGCAUUUACACGCCACUUUAUACGGAAAUGACGAAGGUACUCAAAUAGCCAACAUACACUGUGCUCAGGGGGAAAGGAUAUGGAUCCGCCACCUUCAGGGGGCAACGGACGCCAGAAGUAUGCCACCCGGGUUUAGUUCGUUCUCAGGGGCACUUCUUCAUGCCGAUUCUCCCUGAAAUUGUACAUGGUGUGAUCUUGAUAUUCAUAGAGUUUGUUGGUAGCUAUAGUUAUCAAUAAACUAAAUCUUUUGGCAAAAA